CCAGGUUUUGGAGGCACUAUAGCUGUUAGUGGCAUUUUUCAUUGUCGUUACUGCCUCAGAUCAUUGCAACAUACGGUUUCAAUUAUUCAUUGACUUCUGAAUACGUCUGUUUAAAUAAAGAAGUAAAGCCGUUUUCUCGGCGGCUGGCUUUGUGAAACCGAUCAGGAUCCUGAGCGUCGUUGCUCAGGAUGAAAAAUGCUACCAAACUUGUAGGAUGACUUCAUUUGCCACAAAAAAGUCACGAUUCACAGAUUAUCGCAAGAUAUUCUUCCACUGCCUCAAGGUUUCCUUUCCCCGACCAACAGCGACGGUCGGGCGUUUCCCACGUAAAUCCCCCAUGCGGUUGAAGAGUCGUUUUCAGGUCCCAUCCCUCCGGGUAUAAAUACAGAACUGAAAAGGAUCCCGACGCGAAAGCUGCUUGUGAUUGCGACAGACCGCUGCUUUAUGGAAUCAGAUAUUUCUGUCAUAUUUGUCCUAUCUCAACAUUUAGCAAGUGUUUAACCAGUAGACGGUGGGAAUUAUAAUAAGAACAUUCGACUCAUGGUGACAUUGGAAACUAAUUUUCAGCCUGAAUCAAGACAGAAUUUGACACCAACUGGCUUUACACUGAUUUCAAAGAUGAAAAAGUUUAAGAAUCACAUAGUGGGAAACAAAAUAGCCUGUAUCGAGGAGGCUGACUGUUCAGGAAUAGGCUCUAAAUCUAAAGUGAAGAAACGCAAUAGGUUAAGGGCCAUUUUCUCAGUAUUUUCGCAUAAGAAGGAAAAAACACUUAAUUCAACAGAGGACGUUGUUGAUAUCAAUGGCAAAACCUGGGAUUCUGUAGAAGUAUUAUCAGAAUCGGACAUCAAAGAACUUAUUGAAAAAAAGCAGUAUUUUAAGGCUGACUGCCACCUCAUCAAAUUGGAACAUGAACAAUAUACUGAUGAUACAACCAAGGCUGAUGAAGAACUUGUCAAAGAGCAAAAGAAAGGAAUAGAAUCGCUGUACGAGAUACUUAGUGCUGAAAUUUUCACAGUGGCAAAAAACUCAAUGAGCAUUUCCAAGGAAAACCCGGAUCUGUUGAAGAUGGCAGUAAGAGUGAUCUUACAAGAAGAAAAAGCAGAUCAAGUAUAUCUGGAGGAAAAGGAGAAACCUGGAGCUGUUGCAGAAGUUAGGCCAAGAAGAUGGGAAACUAAAUGGUUAAAUACUAUAGAGCAAUCUGUCAAUGAAAGAUUAGGUGAGCUACCCAGUAUUCCUGAUGCUGCCAAAGUCAAAAUGCUUUCUGAGUGUUUAGUGCAGCAUCAUAAAAAACUGAAAGAGGAUUUUGACACCAUUGUGAACUGUAUCAAGCCAUGUUAUCCUCAAGAGUACAACAUAUGCAAAAAGUAUGUGGAAUAUUAUCAUAAAAAAAGUUCAUCUCUCAUGGAACUAAUCAUAGAAAGUAAACCAAAAGGAAAAGAUGUUUAUCCUUUUUUGCACUGGAUUUACUCCUGUUAUCCAAAUCUUCUCAGUACCGUCACACAAUCUGAAGAAACAAGUCAGGAAAUGUCAAAGACCUUGCUCCCAGAGAGGAUGAUCAGUCAUUUGAAAAGUGAAUACUUUACUGCCUUACAGUCAGAUACCAGAACACAUAUGUAUAAGAGUCUCUGUAUUGAAGAGGACAAAUGGAAAAGUGAAGAAGAACCAAUUGUGCUGAAUGGGUAUUACCACAGUGAGCUACCUAUUGACAUAAUCCAGAUAAUUGUAGGGGCAAUCCAGGAAACUGGAACUCUUACUAACGAGAUGGUUGACAAAACAGUUGUCAUCAUGCUGGAGGAAGCACAUUCCUUCCUGGGAAGCUUCCAGCAAUCUGCAGAGAACUUUGAGAAAUCCAAUACGAACCAAACAAACUUCAUUUCCAUUAUUAUUUUAAUCACCAACUGUUGUGAAGUUUUCAGGAAUUACAUUGACACAAGUGAGAAAAUCACAAAUACAGAAUUGACGGAGAAAGUUCGAUCACUUUUGAAUGAAAUGGAAAAAAAGACAAAAGACAUUUUGUUAAAGACUUUGUUUUGUAAAUUAAAGCCUUAUUGUAAAAAGCUGGUGACAGGAAAAUGGCUUGAGUCUUCAGAACACAUGACCAAAAUGCUUGGAAUAUUGGAGGAACAUCUUACAAAACUAGAGAAAUUGAAAGCACCCUUAUAUCAGGAUAUAUUGAGGGAAAUCCAUAAGCAGCUCAUUAUAGAAUACAUUAUAAGAAUUAUGAAGAAAAAGCUAAAUUGCAAAACAGUAAAUGAGCAGCAGAAAGUAGCAAACCAAAUAAAGAAUGAAGCCGAGCAGAUACAGAAACUCUUCUCCUUUUAUACAUCUGAAACUACGCAUCUAGAGUCUGCACUUCUUAAAAUUGCUGAAAUCAUCAGGCUUAAAGACGUUGAAGCUAUUACAAUGGAAGUUGCUGCACUUUCCCGAGACUUCCCAGACGUUCAAAAACAUCACAUUGGAGCCAUCUUAUACCUUAAAGGGAACAUGAAAAAAUCAAAUGAAAAGGAGAUUCUGAACAUUCUUAACACCCCUAUGAACAAUACAACCUCUUCUGUGGACUUGAAACUCUUCACCAGUUCGACAGUUCUAAAGGAUCUUUGAAAGUCAAGACAUCACUGGGAACCACUAUAGCGGUUUUCAAACUGCAGAUAUUUUUUAGUCUUGUCAUGAUAAAGGAUUCAAUUGCAAGAGAAUGCCUUUUCAAGUGCACAUUGUCAGCUUGUCACACUUCUGAUGUAGCACAUUCAGACAGUAUUUGUCCACCUAGAUUACAUCGCUGUGAAAUCUUUCCUUAAAUAAGCAAUCUUAUGGCUGAACGUCUGCGGAAAAGGAAAGGACUUGCAUUUUCUACGAUAACCCAUCAUCUCCCUGGGAUGUCUAAAAGUACACUGUAAGUUCCAAGUUGUCACUGAUUAACCUUAGGAAAAUGCAUGAUAAAAUUUAUGAUUUAUCUGAAUUUGAUUCUAGAAUGAAUACAUCCAUUAGAGAACAGGGCUUGGAAUUAGAGACAAUAGAAAAUCUGCAGAUGCUGGAAAUCCGAGCAACACACACAAAAUACUGGAGGAACUCAGCAGGCCAGGCAGCAUCUAGGAAAAGAGUAGAGUCGAUGUUUCGGGCCGAAACCCUUUGCCAGAAUUAGAGGUCAGGUUUCAGGUGGUGAGCAGUAGACAAUUCACAUUUAAUCGCUGCUGUGACAACCCAAUUCAUUUAAACUUAGAGAGUAGGCAAGGAGUGACAAGUUAUAUUGCCAGAUUUUGUUCCUGAUUUGCAGGAGGAAUAGUCACUUUGACUGAAAACUGGAAGACAAGCAGGCUUGAAAGAAGACAGGUGCUACAGUAAUAACAGAAAAUGUUAGAAACACUGGGUCGUCAGGAAGCAUCUGUGGAAAAGAAGCGGGUAAUAUUUCAGUUAAUGGCCAUUCAUAAGAAACAGAAAGCAAGAAAACAAUUUAGCUUAGGCAUUACAGAUCAUGUGGUUCCAUGUUGGACCAAAAGGCAAAGUUCCAAGAUUGAACUGCUUGCAGUCAGCUGAUGUUCAGAAGAUGAUUUUAAAAGCAUCAUUAAGCUUGUCUAAUGAAAGUAUAGGAAAUUGCUAUUUCCUCUAGAAAAACUGAAUGUGAUGAUUAUUUAUGAUAACAUCAGGAGCUCUUUGGUCAACUGCUCUAUAAAAAACCAGUUUAAUGAUUCAUAUUUGGUCUGAUCUUAUCAAAAGUCCACUUGGAUUUCCUUUGAAAAGAUUUAAACAAUACAUAUUCAAGGAGAUUUUAAAAAUAUGCUUCAUUUGAAAGAUGCCAUUGUUAUUGUGACCCUACUGAAUGAGAGAAUGAUUAACUGUAGAUUAGACUAUGCAGCAACAGUUGAUUCUCUUUGAAGUGGGAUCAUUUCUUGUUGUGUGGGAAAAAGGUAAGUGCUCCAGGUAGGUGGAACUCUCACAGAGAAAACUUUUAUCCCAUUCAUUUCUAAAACCUGAAGAUCAGCAUUCCUCCAUUUAUACAAUGCACUUUGCAACAAAGAACAGUAUCAAAUUCUGUUGAUGCGUAUUGUCAGUUUAUUAUAGAAUUCACAAUGCUAAUAACAAGGAAUUCUGUAACCUAUGCUAUUUUUAAGCACUUACUCCACACAUUGUAGGGCAGAAAAACAUCUAAUUAUCUGUCAGUAAAAAUACUAAUUUAUUGGCAUUUACUGUCCUGCUGUUUUAAAAAAAAGUCUUGGGCAAUCCUACUUCAAAUUAAAGCUCUUAAAUAAUAGUUUCCUUUUUCUUUUCCAAAACAUACUUACUUUCAUUAACAUAUUGGAAUAUUUUGGAGCAGGAAUUUCCAUAUUUUAAAAGCUGCUUCUGAUGAAGUUUAUUUCUCAGAUCAUCAGUUUAACUCAAUUGAAUAAAAAUUUGUUUAGGUACAGAUUUAUUUUCAUAAUUUGGAUUAUAGAGUUAAAGGCCUUCAUAUUGUGUUUAAUGGCAAAUUUCACAGUGUGUCAUAUACCGUGACAAACAUCAUUAUCAAGUGCACAAAGAACAAUAGCUACAAACACUCAGCAGAUCAAGCAGCAAGUGUUUCAGAACUAGACACUUUGUCAGAAUUGAUACUGCUUUUAUUUCAGAUUUCCAGUAAUUGCAGUAUUAUUAUAAAUUUUCAGUGUUGAGCUGCUUCUUGAGUGAACUGAUCUGUGACUACAGUAUUAUGGAGAAAAGAUUUUUUUUAAGGAACAAAAUGUACACUCGUUAUUUCAUUCUGAACCAAUGUGCUUUUUAGUGCUUAAGUAACUUCUGGCACUUACAGAGGACAUUCCAUUGUCCAAUAUUGUAGCAUGAGCUGAAUGAUUGUACUAAAAUAAUAGGCAGAGGAAUAUAAAAUGAGCACGCUACAGAUAUGCAUAUUUCACUAUCAGUCUUAUCUACGCACUGUAUUUUAAACAUUGUUGUUAGCUCCUAUAAUUAACUGCACAAGAAUUACAUUUCAAUAUGGUCAACAAAUGUGAACUAUCUGAUGCUGAGUUUCAUGUAAGUCUGAAGAAUUUUCUUCAUAUUCAGCUUAAACACCAUUCAAGUUCCUCAUACAGUAAUUUCUUUAAAAUAUUUAUGUUUAGUAUGUACUAAAUGAAAAUCUUUGCAUCAUUUUAUAAUGUAUGAAGAAUGACACAGGCACUGAAACAGUCGUAUAUGUACUCUAUAUUCAUAAUAGUUUGUGCCUUAAGCAAAAUGUCUUCAUUUAAUCUUCAAGAAUAUUACAAAAAUAAAGCUUUUUUUAAAAAACACAAUAUUUAUUGGAAGUAAUGAUGUAAUAAGGGUUAACUCCAAAUCACGGGAUGUAUUCUCAUGCUUCACUACUCAAAAUCACAAAUGCUAUAGUACUUACUUGUUCCUUGGGCUUCCCAAUGUUAUCAUCUACUUCAAAGUUCAAAGUAAAUUUAUUAUCAAAGCACAUGUAUGUCACCAAAUACAACCUUGAGAUUCAUUUUCUUGCAGGUAUACUCAAUAAAUCCAUAACAGAAUAAUAACUGUAAUAGAAUCAAUGAAAGACCGCACCAACUUGUGUAUUCAACCAGUGUGUAAAAGACACAAACUGUGCUAAUCCAAAAAGAAAGAAAUAAUAAUAAUAAAUAAACAAUAAGUAUUGAGAAUAUGAGGUGAAGAGUCCUUGAAAGUGAGUCCAUAGGUUCUGGGAACAUUUCACUAGUGGGACAAAUGAAGUUGAGUGAAGUUAUCCCCUUUAGUUCAAGAGUCUAAUGGCUGAGGGGUAAUAACUGUUCCUGAACCUGAAAGUGUUGGUCCUAAGGCACCUGUACCUUCUUCCUGAUGGCAGCAGUGAGAAGUGAGCAGGACCUGGGUAGUAGAGGUCCCUGAUGAUGGAUGCUGCUGUCCUGCAAGAACAUUUUAUGUAGGUGUACUCAAUGGUGGGGAGAGCUUUAUCUGUGAUAGACACGGCCAUAUCCACUACUUUUUGUAGGGUUUUCUGUUCAAGGGCAUUGGUGCCUCCUUGCUAGUCUGUGAUGCAACCAGUCCAACAAGGCACUCACUACAUCCAUAGUGUCUGACUGGAUAACUUUGAUUUACACACAGUACUUA